AUGAGCCAUAAACGAGGAGGGACGGGAAUUAUACCUGGGUUUUCCUAUUCUGGAUUUGUAUUGCCAAAAAAUGAUUCACCUCACGCAGGAGCCGCUAUUCCUCCUCCUACUGUUGGAUUUAAAAGCACUGGCACUGGUUUAAGCAAACAAGGAUACUCGACAAUGAUGGCCAUUAGUCAAAAUGCUUUAAGCUGUCAGACGAAUUGGGGCGCUCCUAAGAAGAGAGCGAAAACCGAAGAUGAAUAUUUUGACGAAGAGGAAGAGUUUACAUACCAGAACAACACUUUAGAAUACAUACCUGCUCCUGGAAGUCCUUCAUAUUUAGAAGAAAAAAAUGCUACCACUCGUAAAGUUGAUGAUGAUGAUUCAGAGGAAGAUCCUUUAGAUGCUUUCAUGGAAGGCAUAGAUCAACAAUUCCAAAAAGAUUUAAAAAAAGCUGAAAGAAAUGCAGAAAUGAAUGAAAAAGGAGACAACAAUAAAGGUUUUAGGGAUGAUAUUGAUGCAGAGGAUGACGAAGAAUCUUAUUACAGGUACAUGGAAGAAAAUCCAUUAGCAGGUGUUCAAAAUGAGGAUUCAGAUAUUGAAUUAGAAUAUGAUGAAGAUGGAAAUCCUAUACCACCAGCAAAAAAUAAAGAUAUUGAUCCACUUCCUCCUAUUGAUCACUCAUGCAUAGAAUAUCAAGAUUUUGAAAAAAAUUUUUAUGUUGUACAUGACGAUGUAGCAAAUUUAAGCAAGUCUAAAGUUGAAGAAUUAAGAAAAACAUUGGGAAUUAAGGUCACUGGUCCACAGCCACCUCAUCCUGUUGUAGGUUUUGCUUAUUUCGGAUUUGAUGAAGCAUUGAUGAAAGUAAUUAGAAAGUCUGAGUACACCACUCCAACACCGAUUCAAGCCCAGGCUGUACCUGCUGCUUUAAGUGGAAGAGAUAUUAUUGGUAUUGCCAAAACUGGAAGUGGAAAAACGGCUGCUUUUGUUUGGCCAAUGCUUAUUCACAUAAUGGAUCAAAAAGAAUUAAAACCUGGAGAUGGUCCCAUUGGAUUAAUUUUAGCUCCUACUCGAGAAUUAUCUCAACAGAUAUAUUCUGAAGCAAAAAAAUUUGGAAAAGUUUAUAAUAUUCAAGUUAUUUGUUGUUAUGGAGGUGGAAGUAAAUGGGAACAAUCCAAAGCACUUGAAAAUGGUGCAGAAAUAGUAGUUGCUACUCCUGGCCGAAUGAUCGAUCUUAUCAAAAUGAAAGCUACUAAUUUGAAAAGAGUUACAUUUUUAGUUUUGGAUGAAGCAGACAGAAUGUUUGACAUGGGUUUCGAACCGCAAGUAAGAUCAAUCUGUAAUCACGUUCGUCCCGAUAGACAAACAUUAUUAUUUUCGGCCACUUUCAAAAAAAAGGUAGAACGUUUGGCUCGCGUUGUUUUAACGGAUCCGAUUAGAAUCGUACAAGGUGACGUAGGGGAAGCAAACGAAGACGUCAUUCAAAAUGUCCUCAUUUUACCUAAUCAAGCAGCAAAAUUUAUGUGGCUUACAAGUCAUAUUGUUGAAUUUUUAUCUAAUGGUAGCUUACUAAUUUUUGUCACAAAAAAAGUUAAUGCCGAAGAAGUGGCAAACAACUUGAAGCUAAAAGAAUUUGACGUAUUAUUACUUCACGGUGACAUGGAUCAAAUUGAAAGGAACAAAGUAAUAACUCAAUUUAAAAAAAAAGAAGUCAGUAUUUUAGUGGCCACCGAUGUUGCAGCGAGAGGAUUAGACAUUCCUCACAUAAAAACAGUCGUUAAUUAUGAUAUAGCGAGAGACAUAGACACUCAUACUCAUCGAAUCGGAAGAACAGGUCGGGCCGGAGAAAGAGGAUAUGCUUAUACUUUAGUGUUAAAUCAAGAUAAAGAAUUUGCAGGACAUUUGGUGAGAAAUUUAGAAGGUGCAAAUCAAGAAGUUCCAAAAAGUUUAAUGGAUCUUGCACUUCAGAGUUCUUGGUUCCGAAAAUCAAGAUUCAAAAGUGGAAAAGGAAAACAGUUAAACGUGGGAGGAUGCGGUCUUGGAUUCAGAGAGAGGCCUGGUAUGGGAAGUUCAGUGUCAACCACCACAGCCGAUUUGAUAAAAAAAUGCGGCCCAGGAUCAGAUAGACUGUCAGCAAUAAAAGCCACAUUUAAAUCACAGUAUUUAACUCAAUUUAAAGCAUCAAGUGAUCACACUUGGGAGCACACGAGAAAUCAAUUUGAUAAAAAUGUUCCUAAAAACGUUGAAAACACAGAAGAGGAUAAUAAUAAGCCAAAGCGAAGCAGAAAAAGUAGAUGGGAUAGUUCAUAG